AUGACACGAUUGCUAAAGCACCAAGUUCAAUUGGUUUGCACUUGGCUAGUCCUGUGUUUUGCCGACGAUUUGGUCAGUCAUUUACCUGGACUAACAAAUCCCAUUCCGUUUGGCUAUUAUUCCGGUUAUUUAGAUGAACUGCCCGGUCGUCAUAUGCACUAUGAGUUUGUCGAAAGUAACGGCAAUAACAACGAUUCGCUGAUAGUCUGGCUAAAUGGUGGUCCCGGUUGUAGUUCAUUGUACGGAUUUUGGUCAGAAAACGGACCGUUUCGUGUGACCACCACUGGUGGCGAUGAUGAUGAUAAUGGACAGACUGUACUACUGGAAGACAGUAACAGUUGGAAUAGUUUAGCAAAUAUACUAUAUCUAGAGUCACCAGUAGGUGUAGGUUUUAGUUACUACUCGGAUAAUAAUACUAAUAAUAAUAAUGAUAGCUAUGUUAAUAGCGAUAAUAUGACAGCUGAUAGCAAUUAUUUGGCACUGAAAUCAUUUUAUCGCAAAUUUCCUCAGUAUAGCAAUCAUUCACUUUAUCUAACCGGUGAAAGACUGGCCAUUGGUAACGGAGCGUUCAAUAAUUUACUAUUUCUCAACUCGAGAGUACAUUUUGCUUAUAAUCACGGCUUAAUUGAUUACGAGGAAUGGCAUGACUUAGAAAGUGAGUGUUGUUCGUGUAGUGAUGACGACAGUGGACAGGUAUGCACUUUUCAUCACAACAACAAUAAUAGUCAGUGCAAUGUUGCCUAUGAUAUCCGAUUAAUGCUUUCAAGAGAUGACUUUGACAAUAUAUUUGAUACAAAUAAUAGUAGUCGAAAGAUACCGGUGUGUUUUGAACAGUCAUUUCAGACUUAUCUUAAUAGGCUUGACGUUAGAGAAGCUUUGCAUAUACCAUCUCAUGUAAAACAGUGGGUCCAGUGCCAGGAUGUCAAUUAUAAUCGCCGGCUUAGGUAUUGGGAUAUGUCAUCAGCUAUUCGGCAAUUGUUGGCAUCAAAUAAAUUACAAUCUUUUAUCAUAUAUAACGGAGACAUUGAUAUUGUCUGUGAUUUUAUGGCAAAUCAGGAAUUUGUUGAAUUACUCGGUCUGAAUGUGACACUUGACUACCAGAGAUGGCUCAUCAAUAAUAAUACUACUGUUGCCGGAUAUGAGAAGCGUUACGAUGGACUCACUUAUAUGACAGUCAGAGGUGCCGGUCAUUUGGUGCCAAAGGAUAAACCGCUGGCAGCUCUUGAAAUAAUUAGACGAUUAAUUAGUAUAUAA